GGCGGUCGCCAUUGUUAGACGCGACUUUCGGGGGGAGGGGGGUAAAGAUACAAAACACAAUCGCCGCCGUCCACCAAGGCCGCAACGAAUUGAGUCUUAUAACGCGUGUUUGUGGUGGGCCGGUGGAUACAUCGUGCGAUUAUUAAAAACAACAACAACGUUAUCGCGAUUUAAACGAGUAAAGAAACCCGUGAACACUCACCCGUCGAUAGCCUCGUACCGUGAGGGAGAAACAAUUCCGAAGUCGAAAUCAAACCACCAACAUUGCCAUUGAACGACGUCUACACAGCGUUGAGGACGUGAGGAGGUUACAUUGUAUUUAUCUUUGUCCGCAUCGGCAAGUUACUCGCUAGCCACAGCUGCAAGUGCGGGCCCGACUAGGGCAGCGAUGAGCAAGCCGAACGGGAAGUCUCGCGGCGCCGCCGCCACAGCCAACGGCGCCGAGACGAAGGCGGCGGCGGCGGCAGGAGGAGGAGGAGGCGGCGGCGAUGCGCUUCGUCUCAAGGUGGCGGGAGGAGGAAGGCGAGCGACGGCUGCUGACGAAGAGGAGCAGCUGCUUCUCUCCCGGCGGGACGGCGUCGUGAGCCCCGACGACGUCAAGAAGCUCGGCCGCUGCACUCGCAAUUAUCUUUGCAAGCCAGAUGCCAACAUUUACAACAUCGACUUCACCCGGUUCAAGAUCAGAGACCUGGAGUCCGGGACUGUUCUUUUUGAGAUUGCUAAGCCCCCUGCUGCAGAACGAGAUGAUGAUGACGAUGAGGAGGUGGACCCUAAUGCCGGACGGUUUGUUCGUUAUCACUUCACUCCCGCCUUCCUGCGGCUCCGGACUGUCGGUGCCACGGUGGAGUUCACCGUGGGGGACAAGGCCGUGGGCAACUUUCGCAUGAUCGAGCGGCACUAUUUCCGCGAGCGGCUUCUCAAGAGCUUCGAUUUUGAGUUUGGAUUCUGCAUCCCCAACAGCAAAAACACGUGCGAGCAUAUCUACGACUUCCCCCAGCUCUCCGAGGACGUUGUGCGGGACAUGAUCGCCCACCCGUACGAGACACGCUCCGACAGCUUUUACUUUGUGGACAACAAGCUGAUCAUGCACAACAAGGCGGACUAUGCCUACAACGGUGGCCAGUAAACCCUGGUGCUGCACAACACACAGGGCACAUCACACGGACACUCUCGGACACCCACGGAAACAUGAAAUACACACACACGCGCUCGUGGAGAUGCGAGUCAUGCACGUGAACAUGUGUUAACGUUCGCUUAGAAAUCAAUCUCAGACGCAUGAAGCACAUCGAUGAUGCGCGCCCGUUGCGACAUGAAAUACGCACAUGCCCACUCGUACAAGCACCUGCCGGGGAGGCUGCAAGGGUCUACCGGCCUCACGGUAGUGCGCAUUGAUGGUAGAUGAUGAUCAGGAAUGUGCGACUAACUUGGCUGGCCACAACCCAGCCGCGUAUAGAACAGCGUUAAGAAACUCUUAUCGGGUCACUUUGCAACCAUGGGACUGGGUUUUGUGGCAAGUGUGGGAACGCCCCCCCGUCUCAGUGUGUGUAUGCAGCCUGUGCUGCUCGGCUGUUGGGUUUUGUAUUCUCCACCCAUCUCUCUUGCGCUCUUUACACGGCUGGCUGUUUGCGCCGCCAGCGGCACGUCUGGGGAAUAAUCAAAGAGGGCGUUUGCACUUGGCGCGUGGCUGCAUUCACAAAGCUCCCUCACCUCUUAAUGUUCUCCACUUAAAAGAGGGGGAGCUUUUUUUUUUAAACAGGCUUGUUGAAAAUUUACAUCACAACAAUUGUUCUCUUUGAUAAAUAUCACGAAUUCUGUAACGACGUCACGAAGAGGAAAAAAAACACAUUGGCGGGCGAGAAGAGCUGCUGGUUUGGUGGGUGGCGCUAGGCCACAGGUCGCACCAAGGGAGAUCUCACAAGACUCCAUUUGCAAAGUUGAGGCGCUUCGAACAUCCCACCACCGGAUAUUUUGUCACGGACACUCAACACCGCAUCACUGCUAAGCCACAAACGGCAUCCUCUGUUCCAAGGACAACUUGCUCACCGCAAUCCUUGUUAAGUUUGGCGGACUUCAGGGUGGGGAAGUGUAGGCAAUGUGUAGUUUUCCUGGCCAAUGAGCUGAUCGGACGGUGUGUAUUGUACAGUUCUUUAAGAUUAGGUCACUUAGAGUAGCCAAGUAAUGCUUGGGCAGCACGUCUCCCACCACGCCUGCCCUGCACUGGGUGAAUCUUGACCACUUGAAUGGUCAUAUUGCCCACCCUCUAGCUUGCCCUGAAGUUCGCCGCUGCCUGUUAAUGCAUCGAAGGGGUGACUUGAUGGACCCCUGUAGAAUUUGGCAGGUGUCAAUGUGUAUUACUGGCUUCAGUGUCAGAAGAAGAAAAUCAGUUUUGAUUCAAUUCCUCUCUCAACCCUUUCACCUCGAGUUAAAUAUUCUCCGUAACACCACUCAAAUGAAGUCUUUGAUGUUCCUGGGCAAAAUUAUAUUUAAGAACGUACGUACAUCAUUCACAAAAAAAAAGCGGGCAUUAAUUGCUGCGAGUUGUGUGGGCUUGAGAUUGUUCCUGGUUUCAGUUGUUAAAUGGCCCUUGGUGAAGCUGGCAUAGCCUCCAUGCAGCAAGCUCAUUGAAAGCCAAGUGCAUGUCUUGUGUCCAUCCAAAGUGGUGCCACCCCUAAUCUAACCCGUACACAACAGUACCCCAGCCUCCACCGUGACCUCGUAGAAUCAUGGCACCACGAGCCACCUGUUCCGACGAUAAAAGAGAGUUGAAAACCGUUGCACUGGAGUUUACUUUCUCAUUUCAGGUGAAAGGGUUGAGCAUUACCGAGGGCACUGCUGUUUCUUACUGCGUCGUGUGACCAGCCGCACUUUUGAAGUCCACGAAAAAAAAUACUUGACUAGACGUUCUUGCAGCAAGCCCCCACUGUGUUUUCGAUUCACCCCUCUGCUUUAAUGUGUGUUGUCAGGGCAAAACGUAGACAUGCAUUUUGUCAAUUCGGUGAAUUUCAGAAAGGUUGUUGGGAGAUUUAGGCUUUUUUUGAGAAAAGUAAAAACAUAAGAUUGUACAAUUUUUGUUUUCAACAAAACCGAGGGUUUAUGCGUAAGGAUGUGUUGCUUGUGCAAUUUCUUGGUAGAUGAGACUGAAUGUACUGUUUGACGUCCAAUUGAAUUAUUUGUACUUGUGCGUUUCAGUAGAAGAGGCGUUAUAUUUUGUAAAUAAAGAUCUUCAUAGAGUCUUGUC